ACAACGGGAUAUUAUUCAGAAUUUUAUUUGAACAUAUAGAACGCAUAUUAUGAUAAUGCGACAUCAACCACCUGUCGAUAGCCCCCUUAUUCCUAUCAGCAUCAAUAAAUAAUAUACAUACUGAGAAUAUAUUAUAUCAGCCAAUUGUGAAGAUAAAUACCAGUUGAUUUGUUGUGCAUCCGGAAUCAGUGUAACAUUGGUAACGGAUGCUAACGCUAUUGCAAAUCAGUAAAACUCCUUGGAACGAAAAGAUAAUAUUUCUUGCCAACAAAACAAGGAAUAUAAAUCUAUAAAACGUGCUUCACUCCGAUUUUUGCAGUUGAAUGUUUCAACAAAGGAGGCGGUGAACACGGUGACAUUCAACGUUUGUGCCAGUGAUCCGCCUGUGGUUCACGUAGGGAACAGCUGUGUGAACAAUGGCGACAUCUCCAACUAUUCUCUGCUCCAAAAUGGACCAAUCAACUGCGAUAUGUUUCAAACGCGAGUAAUAACCUAACACAUUAUCACGAUUCUUCUUCACUUGAAGAAAAUCAUUGUUAAUUGAUUUUUAAGAUGUCAGUAUUACGUACUAGUCUCGCGGGACGAAAUAAAUUGAGAUCUUUUGGUACUGCAGUUGUGGAUAGUGUAAAAAAUGUCGAAAAGUCGGAGAAAGCAAAGACAACUAUCAUAGAACGAUGGAAGUUAUAUUGGAAGAAUCUCUACCUUGAUUAUAAAGAUGUAGGUGUCGAUGUUGUUAAAGAAUGCAGAAAUCGUCCAGUCAAAGCAGGAGCUUAUUUCUCAGUUCUAGCAGGCUGCUACUACCUCUCCAAGACAAAUCCAGAUUUAUGCACCUUUCGAGAAGAACUCUUGAAAAAUUCUAUGCGACUGAUGUACGUUGGUGAAUCAACGCGGAAUCCCACUUCUAUGAGUCAUGUGUUGCACAUGAAAGAAUGCCUAAAUAACAAUAUCAUACGAAGGCUGAAUCUGGGGGUUAUGUCGUUCAUAUGGUUGGAUAAUUACAGUGAUCGGUGUGCGUUGUACAAAGUACAAUGUAACUAUUUGAAGCCCGAAUACACGAGCUUUCACGAGAGAAUUGUGGAUGUGGGGUUCUUAGGGAAGUGGUGGAUACUUGAGGAUAAAAUGAAGAAUUAUGACAUUAAUGAAAUUGAAUUUAGCUAAACUGAUAUUUAUUUUUUUGUAGAAAAUAAACUCUAGGAUAAUUUCAUCA